AUGUCCCAGAACUUGACAGAGGAGCAGAUUGCAGAGUUUAGGGAAGCUUUCGCUUUGUUCGACAAAGACAACAGUGGAUCAAUUUCGUCUAAUGAAUUAGCAACUGUUAUGAGAUCUUUGGGUUUAUCUCCAAGUGAAGCUGAAGUUGCUGAUUUGAUGAACGAAAUUGACGUAGACGGUAACCAUAAUAUUGAAUUCGGUGAGUUUUUAGCUUUGAUGUCAAGACAGCUAAAAUCCAAUGAUUCUGAACAAGAGUUGUUGGAAGCAUUCAAAGUUUUUGACAAAAAUGGUGAUGGUUUGAUUUCAGCAGCUGAGUUGAAGCAUGUUUUAACAUCUAUCGGUGAAAAGUUGUCUGACGGUGAAGUUGAUGAAAUGUUGAGAGAAGUUAGUGACGGAUCAGGUGAAAUCAACAUCAAGCAGUUUGCAGCAUUACUAUCUAAAUAA